AUGGCGGCGCUCAUGGGCGCGCUGACAGUAGCUUCACAAAGCCAAGGAGACAUCUGGUCGAACUGGGACACACGCCAAGUAUGUCGCCCUCAAGUGCACGUGUCCCCUUCGACGUUGGCCGCGUUGCAGCAUGCUGUUGAAUCGGCGACGCAUAUUCGUGUCGCGGGAGCUGGCCACUCCUUCUCUCCUAUCGUGCUGACAAAGCACACGCUGGUGACGCUUGAAAAGUACACGAAAGUUGUGUCUUUUGACAACGACACGAUCACGGUCCAAGCAGGUCGACCUCUGUAUGCCAUCAACGACUACUUGGCAGCUCGCGGGCGCGCAUUGCCCAACCUCGGUGCCGUGGCUGUUCAAACUGCAGCCGGUGUGACCCAGACGGGAACCCAUGGCACGGGCAACACAGGGUGCAUCUCUGACAACAUUGUCGCCAUGGACCUGGUGCUGGCGAACGGGUCGUUGGUUACACUCGCAUCAGGAGACUUCUUUGAUGCAGCGCGCGUUGGCAUGGGGACGUUGGGGGCGGUGAGCACGUUGACGUUUCGUCAUGUCCCGCUGUGGACGAUGGAGCAGAUCACGUUCAUGCUGCCGUUGGCGACGUUCGAAUCACACCGAGCGGCCUUGCUGGCGACGUUUGAUCGCGUGCAAUGGUAUCUCCUUGGCCUGCCAACCCACUCGACCGUCACUGUUGUCCUCCGCGUGAAUACGACGGCGCCGAUCUCGACGGGAUGCUGGGCGAAUGUGUUUACGGCUACACCCGUGACGCCUCUGCCGCUCAACUGGACGGCAUGGCCGGCCGACACCAAGGCGUGUGUGGACCACAGCUACAAAGUCCUCGGUCGCGAUGGCCGAAACAACACAAAUUACUUUACCGAGAUGGAAAUGAUGCUACCCGUGGAGGAUGACGCCGCCGCACUGAGUGAUAUGCUGGCUUUGCAUGCGACGCUGGCCCCGCUCCACGACCCGGCCGUCCCGCUCUUCCUCGGGUUUCGCUAUGUCAACGCUGACAAGUUGUGGCUCUCGCCCUUCUACGGCCGCCGCACCGUCGUCGUGUCGACUAUCGUGUAUCACCGCGGCAAGUACGAACCUGAGAUUGACCGGUACCAUCGGGGCAUGCAAGCGGCGUUGGCCAAGUACGGCGCCCGACCCCACACCGGCAAAGCCAACUACUUUACCGCCAACGACAUGGCUCGAGUGCAUCCCAAGUUCCACGAGUUCGUCGCCCUGCAAAAAGCUGUCGACCCCCACGGAAAGUUUCUGAACAAGUACAUGCGCCGCCUACUCGUGGAGACCGAGCCAACGGGGUCACUCGAUGCAGCUGUUCAGACUUCGACUACUCGGUCGCCAUUACUCGUCCUGACGAUGCUAGUUGCCUGCGUCUUCGCCGUCGUGCAUGCCCUUCGACGACAUCACAAACAUGGAUACGAGCGCAUCUAA